AUGGCCGCCUUAGAAAUCGGUCGUCUUCACGAUUCUGGUAGUUUGAUUGUGUUGAGAGAUUCUGUGAUCCCAUCCGUUUCGUUGUGCACAUGUAACGUGAUGGUUGUUCACGAAGCAUCCUAUUCAAGGCUUCUACCGUUGUUCGCAAGCUUUGUUCAAGAUGUUCUGAUCUUACCUAGAUCUAUUCAGCGGAUAUUGGUUGAUCCGAGGCUUGGUCGGUGGUGCAUUUGUGGAGCUUUGUGUUUGCCCAAUCUGUAUGCAUGGAUCUCCUCUAUCUGGGAACUCGGUGCUCUUGUGCUAUCAGUAGUUGACGGAACUUUAGCCAUUAUUGAGAAUUCUCUCUCGUGGAUGUCACAUCAACAUCUCUCCUCAGCAGCUAUGGUUCGAGGUGCACUGUGCAUGAAGACUCAUCGAACUACACCAAAAAAGAAAUAAAAGAAAAAGAAAAAAUUAUGACGGGGUGGUGAUUUGUUGGCCUGUCGUGGGCUGUGAAAACGGCAUUCUGAAGGGAGGUGCCAAGAACGAGCAAGAAAGCAGUGGUACAUCAUUCUGACUUAGAAGCUUUCUUGGUAAUCGAUUUAUCGGGCCAAAAGGAGGUUUGGGGUGAUUGUUAGUUAUUCGGGAGAGAUGUUUCUGUUAUCUUACUGAUGCCAAAGAGCUAAUAAAGAAGUCUUUUGAAAAAAGAACAAAUAUUUUUUUAAAUUACUGAAAAAAAAGUAGUUUUCAUGACAUUUUGUUCUUCUGACUUCUCUUGAGCUGCAUAUCCCACUCGAGAUGAGAUUGCUGAAGGCAUGCUUGUUGCUAAUAAAUGAAGUCUUUUGAAAAAAGUACUUUUAUAAAUCACUGAAAUUGCUUUCUUCCGACUUGACUUGAACUGCAUAUCCCACUCAAGAUCAGAUUGCUGAAGGCA